AUGACAUCAGAUAGCCAUUGGAGUAAUUGGGACCUCCUAAUCUGGAAUAUCCUAAACAGGAAUCCAGAUGGGAAUUUCUAUCCUUUUUAUAGCCAUCAAUCAGCUAUGACUGGAAAUCAGAUCGAAAUAAACACCGAAUUAGAAUGUAAUCACUAUGGGUGGCCUACAGGUCUACUUAUAGAUUCCAUCGAGUUUUUAAUCAUGGUAGCAAUUCAAUGCUAUUCGGCUGAAAAUUCUAUUGAGGAUGGUCAACAAAAUAAUAUAAUUGAAAAUACAGAAAAUGAUAGCUCUUAUUGCAGCGCGUGUCGAAAAUCAUUUGCUAGUCAGCAAGGAUUCAAGCAGCAUGUAGGCAAAAAACACAGCAAUAGAAAAAGGGCGCAUAAAUGCAGCAUUUGUUCUAAGAAGUUUUAUACGAAGUACAUCUUGAAGACUCAUAUUCAGAACGUCCAUAUUAACAAGUAA